UCUAGAAUGGGGCGUCUCUCCAUCCUCUGCGCAUUCUUCCUUCCACUGCUCAUUGUCAGAUGUGAGUCUGUGGAAAUUUUUGGUGGAAAUGAAGCCAAACCUCAUUCUAGACCAUACAUGGUACUACUGAAAAACCCAGGAUUCUGUGGAGGGACCUUAAUUCGCCCCAACUGGGUUUUAACUGCAGCACACUGUAAAAUGAAUUACAGUACAGAGGUUAUCCUCGGUGCUCAUAAUUGGAAGGAAAGAGAAAAAGAACAGCAGAGACUUCAGGUUUUAAAGUGGGUUCCACACCCUUAUUUCGAUUUUCGUAAAAAGUUAAACGAUAUUCAGCUUGUGCAGUUAAAGAGUGCAGCCAAAAUAAACAAAUUUGUGAACGUUUUUCCACUUCCAACCUCUGAUGAAAAUAUAAAAAAACCAUUGUGCAGCACUGCGGGAUGGGGGAUGACGAGUCCCAAAAGCGAGAAGCUAUCCAAUGUUCUACGGGAAGCAAAUUUAAACAUUGUUGAGAACGCCUCCUGCCAAAAAAGCUAUGAAAAACUUUACAUAAAAAUCACUGACGACAUGAUCUGCGCAGGACCACUAAAGAAACGAAAAGAUGAUGCAUGCCCAGGCGACUCUGGAGGACCUCUAAUUUGUAGUAAUUCACUGAGAGGAAUUGUGUCAUUUGGGCCUCAAUGUGGCAACCCAAAAAUACCUGGAGUUUAUACAAGACUGAGCGCCAAAUAUCUGAAGUGGAUACGCACAACAAUUGGUGGUGCUCUCGAAAACUGAUUACACUUUAUAUAUAUAUAUAUAUAUAUAUAUAUAUAUAGUUUCCUUUACCUUCUUAAGAUUUACAUAGUUGCAUUGUUAAUUAGGUAGAAAAAAAGACUUAUAGUCUGUCAAGUUCAACCAUUUCACAGACCCAUGUUAGUUCCAGAAGAAGGAAACACCCACUGAGACAGUAAUGUCUUCUUAAAGGGAAAUAAAUUCCUUCUCGACUCCAAGGCAGUUAAACUCAACAUUCUCUUAUGUACUUUUUACUGGUGAUAACCUUGUAUGCGUUUCAUAUCUAGAAAAAACUUUUUUUUUUUUAAUAUAUAUUAAUUGAAUUUGCCAAAAUGACUUCAGAUGGUACAGCUGUGUUGAUUCUGUCUGAUAGUGUUAACUAUGCAUUUGUUACAGUAAUUAAUUGCCCUAAAUAAAGCAGAUUUGUGCUAAAAGUUAUACAA